AUGUCUACAUCAAAACCUUCGCGAAUCUUUUCGCCUUCUGUGUCCUCCUUGGUGUCCUCUUCGUCUGAUGAUAGGCAGUCAUCCGAGGAAAACCUCCUCGCGAUCGCACGCCGCAAUCUACUCCAGAUUCAUCCCAAUAUUAGUUCCAUCCGCGUCCCCGGGCCAUCGGUAACGCCGGGGCGAACCCAGCCAAUCACGCAAACGCCAUUGCCUUCUGCGCGCCCUCCACCAUCGUUGCGUCCCCAGCCGCCCUCUGCUCGUGCCCCAGCGCGCUCCAAGUCCACCUCUGAGCAAACAUCUCUGUCAACUUCGCCAGUCCAGCCGACCCCUGGCAAGCCCCCUGCUCUGCCAAAGUUGGGCUACUUUCGCUCUCCACGCAGCACCCUACCUGCCUCUCAACCAAACACAACCCAGAAGCAACAGCAGCAACAACAUCACUCGGCCCCCGAACCCGAGGACCCUCUCAUUGCACCCCCAUUCCCCUGCCUACCCGGCACCUUGGCCCCACCCUCCGUAAUCGCCAUCUUCAACAACACCCCCUCCGGACCCUCCCUCACAAACCCCAUCUUCCCCAUCCCCCCCUCCUCCCUCACACCAGCAGUCUUCACCUCAUCCCUCAGCCCCUCCCAAACCCUCCUCUUCACCAACCCCGACGGCCCCCCCGGCUAUCCCCGUUUUCUCCCACCAGACAGCGUCACCCCGGAAACCGACCCGAGCACCUUCCGUGCCUGUGACUGCGUCCUCACCCUACUAUGGUUAUACAGCCCCCAACUAGCACUCGACUUUUUCGGCCCCGACAGCCCCAAACACGACGUCAAUUUAGAGGUAUUCGACGGCCGGGUGCAAGAGCACUGGGUGAAAAAGGAGACACCGGGAGGGGGGUUGCGCCAGGUGCCGCAGUUUGGUGUUUGCAGGGUUGGUGAUGAAAUCGGCUUCCGGACUCAGUCCAGCAAGAGAAUGUGUCGCUACAGGGCCAAAAUCUCGCGUGAUACGGGGUUAUGGACUAGCAUUGACGCCAAGGACGAGGUUGUUUGUGCUGAGCGGGAGGAGAAGGAAAAAGUAGAAAGAUUUGGGGCUAUUGUUGGAAGAGAGUUGCUCUUGACUAGGUUUUGGUACCGGCAGCCGUAUUAUGAGGUUAGGAUUGAGGUUGAUGGGAUGAUGAUUGCUUAUACAUGGAGUGCACGCUCAAGCAUAUCACUUCACGGCGACGAACAAACACGUGGUGAACGAAUAAAAAUUCGACUUCGAGGUAUCAUAUCAUGUACAUAA